AUGGGGGAAGAAUCUGUUGAUAAUAAUCCUCUUAAAAAGAGGCAGAGGAGGAAACGAAAGAAUUUCUUGUCCAACGCCAAGAAAUACGCUAAGAAAGGACAAAUGGGUCGAGGGACUAAGAUCCCGGAAGAACUUUAUCAAUAUUUCGUUGGUAUUUUGGAUGUCAUCAAACAAGGGGUCGAGAAUCCGGAGGAAAGAGAAGCCCUUGUCAACAAUGUUUUGGAGAGAACUAAAGGGGAAGAGUUAAAUGUAGUUGGUAACCAGCUAGGAUGUCGUAUGGUGGAGAUCCUCCUGCCUUAUUCUUCAGCUGAAGACUUGGAACGUUAUAUCGAAGUAUUAUCAGCGGAACUACGACCAUUAUGUUCAGACAAUAUUUCAAGUCAUGUAAUAGAAACAUUACUUAGAGUAGCCUGCGAAAGAGCUACCGAGCACUUACAAAUAAGUGACGAUGAAAAAGUUCCCAAAAAAAAGAAAAAAGUAGAACCCAAGUACAAAGAUGAACAUAUAAAAAAAUGUAACGAAUUCACAUUGAAGAUAUGUAAAUAUGCACUAAAUAAUUUGGAAGAUUUCGUCUGGGAUAAAUAUGCCAAUCAUAUUCUACGCAGUGCUAUCAAAUGUCUCAGCGGCAUAACAUUACUACCAGGAGAGAAACCUAAAGUCAAUAUGUUCAGGGAAACGGUAAAAGAUAAUAAAGGAAUACCUCCGCACCUCACCGAGUUGAAGUACAAAGAAGUUCCCGAUGAAUAUAAAGAGAUUGUUAAAGAAUUUGCCAACAGACUGUCUUCGUGGCCGCAAUUCAAAGAUCUACCGAACCAAAACAUAACAUCGGCGUUGUUACAAGUAUUGUUAUAUGCUGUUAAGAAUGUUGAUGGGAAAAUAUGUAAGAAUUUAGUCAACAAAUUGCUCAAUGAAAGCUUUGCACCAGAAGAUUGGGUUCCGACAGGAGAUGAUGAGAAAAAAGAUGAGAAGGAUCAAAAGACUGGUGAUAAAGAAGCUACAUCUUCAUCGUCAGACUGUCCCUUGCCUCCAGUUUUCAAAACAGAAUCAUCAGUUAGGUUAUUAGAAGCAGCGUUAUUUGUAUCAUCUAAGAAGUCAUACACACAGAUCUACGCCCGCUGCUUCAUAAAUCGUCUCGCCCAACUAUGCACCAUGUCCAUGUUGAAUUUCACUGUACAGAGACUCAUAGAUAACUGUCAGAUCAAAGAGGAAUUUGAACCAAUGUUUGAUGAGCUGUCGAGUCAGUUUAAUUCCAUACUAUCAUGUGGCAAUACUGGUGUGUUGGUAGCUCUAGCUAAGGGAUGUCUUCGGGUCAAAGCUAAACAGAUGCAGAUGAUGAAUAUGUUGGAAACGGUUCUCAACUGUUCUGAUGCUGAACCGAAGCGUUUCAUAAUCCAAUGUCUCCGACUGGCUCCUCUCAGCGACAAAACUAUGGACACUACCAACUACUUCAUACAUGUACAUGGAUCAGUGAUUGUUCAAACCAUGCUUGGAUUCCAGCGGCCCGCUAAGCUAGUGUCUAGUAUAUUGGAGUUGUCUUCGGAGGAAUUGGUUUACAUCUUGUGUGAUCCCAAGGGCUGCCAUAUAGCUGAUGCCUUCACUACACAGAACCUGGUCGGAGUUAAAGCCAGGGACAAAAUGGUGUGGAAGUUGAAGGGCUACUAUCAAAACAUGGCUAUAUCUCAGUAUGGUUCACGAGCCUUCGAACAGAUCUUCGAAGCAGCUUCCAUGGAGCAGAAAGUUAAAAUAAUGAAGGAAAUGUCGGACAAAAGCAAUUUAUUAAAUACAACCAGCUACGGACGACUGAUAGCCACUAAAUUUGAUAUCAGUACAUUCAAGACUUCACAGAAGAAGUGGGAACAGAGCAGGGAAAAGAAACCUGAAUAA